GUCGAAGUAAUACAAUACUUUUGCUCGAUUGUUCAGUGUCAGUUCUGGUACUACCAAAAUCUACCACGGGUACUUUUAUGUAUACUUAAAUUUACCCCGGGUACAUUUAAAUAGUACCCGAGUCGACAAUGACAAAUUGAGCAAUACUAUCGUAUCGAACUAUCAAUACAAAAGUUGACAAAGAAGAUCGGCGCCCUGAACUGAAGAUCUGCGCCUAAUGUCAAACAAGAACAAUAUAUAUAACGUGCUGCGUGUUCACUGAACAAUGGUAAUUUAUGUGCUUUCUGAUUGAAAUGGUGGGAACAUUCCUCUGUCUGGUCUCAGUCGUGGUAGACGUGGCAUUAGCUGCCUUCGACCCGACAAUGACGAUCGACAGCUGUACAAAGCGCAAACUGGAGAUCACCUUGAACAACGCUUCCGCUUCCGGUAUCGUGUACAUUCAAGGUCAGAGCUCCGUCUGCCGCUACCCCACAACGGACGGCGUCUCCGUCCACUCUUUCGACUUUGCCUCUUGUAAUCUGCAAUGGGAGGAGUCGUUCAAUGUGAUAGUGCAGAAGAACGCCCUCUAUCAGACAGGGGCAGACAAGCAGAUCCCGGUUAUGUGUGUGGCUGACAUUGGGGACCUUACUGUCUCCAACAGCCUUCACGUCGCUGACAAGGAUGACGCCGCCGGUCAGAAUCUGACUGUCAAGCCCUCCGCGUUCAUGACAUUGUACAGGAAUGGCGUGGACAUCAGCGGACAGACAGUGAAACUGACGGACAUUAUCACUAUGGUACUGAAGCUGGACUCGGAGUACAUCGGGGACUUCGACAUCAAGGCCAAGUACUGCGCCGCCGAUAAUAUUGAUAUAAUCGUCGACGCAUGCGCCGUUGAUAGUGACCUGUUUCCACACAUUUCCCGCAUCCAGCAAGGUGUGCUCCAGGCCUCUUUCGGCGCCUUCCGUACCACCAACCUGAACGGCGGCUCCGUCAGCAUGCCUUUCUCCUGCGUGCUGCAAGUCUGCCUGGGAGUGUGUGCCCCGACGGUCUGCACUGACGGUCAGACGAGCUACGGCCGGAAGAAGAGGCACGUUGCUAGGCGCCAGGUGGACGAAGACAAAGACAUAGAGAACAUCAGCGUCGGGUCCGUUUUAUCCAUUACCUCUGAGGAGGUCAUCAUCGGAGCUCCUAAUGAUGACGGAGACGUGUGCACAAGUCAGGGACUCUUCGUCCUCAUCCUCAACGUCAUGAUUGCCGUCGUCGUCGCUACCGCUGUCUCCGCCGUACUUAUGUACCGGAAGUUGCAGGAGAAGUCCAGAAUUAUCAGCAAAUUCAACAGCGACACGCAUAUGACCGGCUUGACGUCAUAUUUACAGUGUUACCCGUUGCUCAACUUAAAAUCGUACAGGGAAACAUAACGUAUAUAUAGUUAUGAAUCUUAGCAUUGCAUAUUUAUUAAUAAAUCAUCAAGCAGAA